AACACCGCGAACGCUUCCGCCCUCGGUAGUUGCCGUAAGGCAGUGAGGAGGCCGAGAGGUGAGGCCGCCGCUGACCAACUUCUGGGAACCCACAGGUGCUGAGAACAAGAAAUCAAGUGAAGGAAGGAGGCAGAGUUUCCAAGACCGGGGUCAUCAUUUCUUGGAGUAUCCUUGACUGGAGAUUGAAGUUUUUGACCAGAAAUUGAGAACUGAUUCAGAAGAGCCAAAUACAGAGCGUCCAAGUUACCAGUAAUUUCCCAGAUUUAGGAGACAAUGAUGCAGGCCCAGGAAUCUCUAACACUGGAGGAUGUGACUGUGGACUUCACUUGGGAGGAGUGGCGACUCCUGGGCCCUACUCAGAAGGACCUGUAUCGGGACGUAAUGUUGGAAAACUACAGCAACCUGGUGGCAGUGGGGUAUCAAGCCAGCAAACCGGAUGCACUCUUGAAGUUCGAACGAGGAGAAGAAUCUUGCUGCAGAACAGAAGAUGAAAUCUACACUCAUGUCUGUUCUGAAAUCAGGAAAAUUGAUGAUCCUCUGCAGCAUCGCUUGCAAAAUCAAAGUAUUCAAAAGAGUGUGCAACAGAAUAUGUUUGGAAAUAUUGCUAAUCAGAACAAAGGUCAUAUCCUGCUGAAGCAAGAUCAUCAAACCUUUGGCUUACAUGAAAAACCUUUAAAAUCAAAUUUAAGUUUUGAUAACCAGAAAAAGAGCCCUGGCCUAAAGAACUCUGCUGAGUUUAAUGGAGAUGGGAAAUCCCUUUUUCAUGCUAACCAUAAACAAUUUUAUACUGAAAUGAAGUUUCCUGCAAUUGCAAAACCUAUUAAUAAGACCCAGGUGAUUAAGGAACAGAGAACUCACAACACAAAGAAAGCCCAUGUAUGCAGUGAAUGCGGGAAAACCUUCCUCAAGUUGUCUCAGUGUAUUGAUCAUCAGAGAGUUCACACUGGAGAAAAACCUCAUGGAUGUAGUAUGUGUGGGAAAGCUUUCUCCAGAAAAUCCAGGCUAAUGAACCAUCAGAUAACUCAUACAGGAUUGAAACAUUAUGAAUGCACUAAAUGUCACAAAACCUUCCUCAAGAAAUCACAGCUCAAUAUACAUCAGAAAACUCAUAUGGGAGAGAAACCUUAUACAUGUAGUGAAUGUGGGAAAGCCUUCAUCAAAAAGUGUCGGCUCAUUUAUCAUCAGCGAACCCAUACAGGAGAGAAACCCCAUGGAUGCAGUGUAUGUGGGAAGGCCUUUUCUACAAAGUUCAGUCUUACUACGCAUCAGAAAACUCAUACAGGAGAAAAACCCUAUAUAUGUAGUGAAUGUGGAAAAGGCUUCAUUGAGAAGAGGCGUCUUAUCGCACAUCAUCGAACUCACACUGGUGAGAAACCCUUUAUAUGCAAUAACUGUGGGAAAGGAUUCACUUUGAAGAAUAGUCUUAUCACACAUCAGCAAACUCAUACAGAAGAGAAAUUAUAUACAUGCAGUGAAUGUAGAAAAGGCUUUUCAAUGAGGCACUGUCUCAUUGUACAUCAACGAACUCAUACUGGAGAGAAACCUUAUAAAUGCAAUGAGUGUGGAAAGGGCUUCACCUUGAAGAGCCCACUCAUCAGACAUCAGCGAACACAUACUGGAGAGAAACCCUAUGUUUGCACCGAAUGUCGAAAAGGUUUUACCAUGAAGAGUGACCUCCUUGUACAUCAGCGAACUCAUACUGCAGAGAAGCCAUAUAUAUGCAACGAUUGUGGAAAAGGCUUCACUGUGAAGAGCCGCCUUAUUGUGCAUCAGCGAACUCACACGGGAGAGAAACCCUAUGUAUGUGGUGAGUGUGGAAAAGGCUUUCCAGCAAAGAUCCGGCUAAUGGGACAUCAACGAACUCAUACAGGAGAGAAACCUUAUGUAUGCGGUGAGUGUGGAAAAGGCUUCACGGAGAAGAGUCAUCUCAAUGUACAUCGGCGCACUCAUACAGGAGAGAAACCCUAUGUAUGCGGUGAAUGUGGCAAAGGCUUAACUGGGAAAAGCAUGCUCAUUGCACAUCAGCGAACUCAUACUGGGGAGAAACCUUAUAUAUGCAAUGAAUGUGGAAAGGGCUUCACCAUGAAGAGUACUCUUGGUAUCCAUCAGCAAACUCAUACUGGAGAAAAGCCGUACAAAUGCAGUGAAUGUGAUAAAACCUUCAGGAAGAAGACAUGCCUCAUACAACACCAGCGAUUUCACACAGGAAAGACCUCCUUUGCGUGUACUGAAUGUGGAAAAUUCUCUUUGCGCAAAAAUGAUCUCAUUACACAUCAGAGAAUUCACACGGGAGAGAAACCAUACAAAUGCAGUGACUGCGGGAAGGCCUUCACUACAAAGUCAGGGCUCAAUGUUCAUUCAAGAAAACAUACAGGAGAGAGGCCCUAUGGAUGUAGUGAUUGUGGGAAAGCUUUUGCCCACUUGUCUAUCCUUGUUAAACAUAAGAGAAUUCACAGGUAGUCAUUUUUGGAAAGCCUCCUGCAAGAUGUAGGCCCUGAAGAUAUCUGCAGAGUGAUUUCAUGAAUGCAGAAUAUUUGGUUGUUUAGUGAUCAAUUACCUCACGUUUUGUGUCAGAAGAAACAUACAAAACAUUUGAGAAAAUAUUUUAGGACAUUAUGUCUAAAGAUCGUAUACUGAGAAAAAUCCUGUGAAUGUGGCAGACUAUGAAAGCCUUUCGUGGGAAGAUAGACCCUCUCAGAAAUGAUCAUCAUAGAUCAUGAAUAAACUACUAAUUGUGGAAAUGUAAUAAUUAUGGGAAAGCCUUUGCCCAGAAAUAAAACCUCAGUAGAUUGAGAGAGUUCACACUGGAGAGAUAUUUUCCUCUGGCAGUGAACAUGGCAGGGUUUUCAAUAAAAUGUUUUGCCUC